AGUUUAGUCUUAGUAUCAUCCUUACCUGUAAGACAUCUAAAAAUUACGUAAAGCAAAGACUGGGAAUCAUCUAAGAUGCCACAAUCUGGUGAUUUCCGAGCAACAUUACUAGAUAUCGAUGCUCAUCUGGAUUCUAGUGACCUGGAACUUCUAAAGUUUCUUUGUAAAGACAUUAUUCCAUUCAGUGUUCUUGAUAAAUGUAGGAGGAGUCUGGAUGUGUUUGCUAAUUUAGAACAAAAAGGGAAGCUCAGAGAGGAAGACUCCAAAUUUUUACAAGAAUGUUUCCACUACAUGCAGAGAAAAGAUUUAAUCAGAAAACUAGGUGGAGAUCCACAAAGGCUUGAGAAGAAGAUAAAAGCUGAUGGACCUAGUCAGCUAACUGAAUUUAGGGUUUUACUUUUUGAAAUUUCUGAGGACUGUGGCAAUGAGGAAUUUGAAGCCAUGAAAUUUUAUUCACGGACAACUUUGCAGAUGACCAAGAAAAUGCUGAAUAAAGUGACAACAUGUUUAAGUUUGUUCAACGUCCUGGAAAAAGAAGAGCUGUUGACCCCAAUUCAAGUCAAAACAAUGGAGCAACUCAUUGAAACAACUGGAGAUGAAGAAUUAUUAGAUCUUCUCUACAAAUACAAAAACAAAAAUUUAGUUGCCUGUCCAUCUGAUGAAGUACCAGGGAUGAAGUUGAACUUACACAUAAGUAACCACCCAGACUCCACCCCAGUGGUGCCACAAGAACAUCAGGAACCACCACAGAACCACACUGCUCAGUCAGAGAGAGCUGGUCCACAAAUGGCUGCCUAUCCAUCUCUGUCUUCCAUGAACCCUCCAGCACAAGAUGCCAUGGAUACAUUGUUGUCAAGGCAAGGGUCAGUUGUCCAGUCGCCCCAGGAAGACCAAGACUCAUUGGAUAGUUUUAGUUACUACAAAAUGACAGCAAAGCCCAGAGGUUACUGUAUCAUUAUCAAUAAUAAAAUCUUCCGUGGACAGACAGAUCUGAGAGAGAGAGCAGGAACAGAUAUAGAUGAAGAGAAACUCGAAGAAACUUUUGGAAACUUCUUGGAAUUUGACGUUCAGAUAUUCAGAGAUUGCACUUGUGAAGAAAUCAGGAAAGUCUGCCAGGAUUAUUCAAGAAAAGAUCACAGCCAAUUUGACAGCCUAGUUGUGUGCAUUCUGUCCCAUGGAACAACAGGAGCUGUGUAUGGUUCAGACAGCCAGAGCAUUCCUAUCCGAGAUAUAACCUCCUAUUUUACUGCCUCACAGUGCCCCACUCUGGCUGAUAAACCAAAACUUUUCUUUUUUCAAGCAUGCCAAGGGCUUGUUCAUCAGUCAGGUCUGCAUAACACAAGAACCACUAGAAUUGUUAGUCCAGGUAUACAGACAGACACACAGUAUGAACACCCGAGACCUGAGGAACCCCCUGAGGGGGCCAGCCCUGCCCCUCCCCGCAGCGUGAUCCCUGAUGAGUCUGACUUCCUGUUGGGGUAUGCCACGGUCCCAGGUUAUGUGUCCUAUAGAAGUAGGUCAGCUGGAUCCUUCUAUAUCAACACACUCGUGGAGAAAUUGAAGAAAUAUGCUCUUGGUCAAAGGAGCUCUGAUCUGAUGUCCAUUCUGACAGAAGUUAAUAAUGCCGUGAGCGAUCUCCAUUAUAGUGAUGAACAAGGAGCACUGUAUAAGCAGGUCCCAGCACCCCAGUUUACCCUGCGCAGGAGAGUCCACUUUGAUAAAUGCUAGCUAUGAGAGCAGACUAGCAGUUUUUAUAU